CUAAUGGAUUGACGACGUGGAGGACUUACGUCUGUCCUAAAGCUAAAAUUUUUCACUCAUAUUCGUUGAUUUGGAAGAAAUCAUUGCUUGGAGCCAAAGGAUCAAGACAUAUCGUCGAUGGCAUUUACUUCAGAUAGAUCUUAAGAGCCAACCACUGUUACUUCAGCUGUUUGAAAUGGAAAGAGUAUUUUCAAACUCGUCCUACUUCUCUGGAUGUACAAACUGCUCUGACGACCACUCUCAAAUACAAUGGACGUUGACAUUCACCUCAGUAAUAACCUUAUCUAUGAUCGGCAUUGCUGGCGCCAUUGUUGGAACGCUAGGAAAUGGCCUUGUGUUACUGGCCAUCACAAGGAACGUCAAAUUUCGUUCCGUUCCAGACUUCUUGAUCUUGAGCCUUUCGACUGCUGACUUAAUAGUAUCAGCAAUAUAUAUGCCUUUUCACGUAAAAAAUACAAUUUGCUAUCCAGUUCUGAAAAACAAUGCUACAUACAUCAUGAUAAUGAAAUUUGUAGGCAAGUUAGCCUUGCUUGCUUCCAUCGUCAAUGUGGUUGGAAUUACAAUAGAUCGUCUCACGGCAAUCCGGUGGCCAUUACGUUACCACAAACUAAUGACCAAGACGUUUGCUCUUUCUUACAUAUCUGUCGCCUGGUUGACAUCUGCGAUCAUUGCUGCUGUCUAUUCAUUUGCAGAA